GCUUGGACUUGCAGCUUCGGUACUUUGAUCACUGGGCACAACUGGGAUGAGAGUGGCGGGAACAUCGCCAUCAUCGCUAUAUGAUGCUGAAACGGCCGUCCUCUUGAGCCUUGGCGACUGGUCUGGACGUGGGGAAACUCGAGCUUUCUCCGCCUCGAGCUUCUUUCUUCGGACCCAUCUUAUCAUAUCAUAACCCGCUUUUAUUGCUUCCUCCUCCUGCUCUUCUUCUUCUUCUACCUCGUCGAUCCUCCGCGUACAACGCAUUUUGCCAGGAAGGAUGCAGAUCGCCGCGCCUGCUGUCCCCGCAGUGGUGACGCUGCUCGUCUUCACGACUCUGGCCCUCUUUGUCGUGGCGCUGCGCGUGUACACGAGGGUGUUUGUGGUCAAAAAUGUCGGAGCUGAUGACUACCUGAUGGUUGGAUCCAUGCUGGGAUCCAUCGGCUUUCUCGUCGUCAUCUUCAUUCAAAUCAAAUUCGGCCUUGGCCGGGCGGUCACCUUCGAGGAGCUGCCAAAGUUCCUCAUGGCGCUCUGGGGUACCAUCCCCCUGUACAACCUCGCCUUGAUCCUCUGCAAGAUCUCCAUCGCCAUCCAGUACUACCGCGUCUUCCGCACCCCGGCGGUGCAGAGGAUGCUCAAGGGAAUAUUCGCCUUCCUGAUCGUGUACGGCCUCUGGACCAUCAUCGGCAACAUCCUCACCUGUGUCCCCGUGCAGAAGUACUGGGACUUCACCGUCACAGAUGGCGUAUGCCUCGACAGGAAUGCCAUCACGUUCGUCAACGCCGGCAUGAACAUUGUCACCGACCUCACCCUGCUGGCCAUCCCGAUCCUGCUCCUCCGGAGGCUGCAGAUCACGAGGAGGCAGAAGUACAUACUCAUGGGCGUGUUUGCAUGCGGCGGGCUCGCGUGCGCAAUGAGCAUCAUCCGGCUGAGGUCGCUGUAUCAGAUCGGCCACGCGCCGCUGGAACGACAGUCCAUCGACGGAGUCAACAUAGCAAUCUGGUCCUGCAUCGAAAUCAACGUCGGCAUAAUCUGCGCCUCUGUGCCCGCCAUCAAAGCGCUCGUCGUCCAGGUCUUCCCCAAGCUCCUGCUCUCCUACAUCUACCCCUCGCGCUCCAAGAACAACCCCUACGCCGGCUCCCGCUACGCCCACCACCACCACCAGCGGCAGGGGCAGCAGCAGCUCAGCGACGGCGGCGAGACCGGCGGUGGCUGCGGCGGCGGCCCGUCGUCGUCGUCAAGCGCGUCCAAGGAGGAAGGGAAGGCGCGCAUCAUGGUCCGGCAGAGCUUCGAGAUGAACGCCGUGACGAGGCGGGACGCCGGCGUCGUCGGAGACAGCACCGAGGCGGGGAGCCGGGACGGGAGCGAGAAUAACCUCGUCUUGACGGGGUGGAAGACUGACUGCUACGCCGUGCCGGGGAAGAAUCGGAGUGGGAAUUAGGGAAUGAGGGUCGGUUGUCGAAAACGAAAAAAAAAGGGGGGGCGUCAACGGGUAUUGUUUAAAUCGGUAGAGAAAAGGCCGUUGGUUCUUGGUAUGGCGAAUUGAGGCGUUGCCUGGAUGGGGGAGCGUCUGUUUGUCACUAGCAAUUUGGCCUUGACCUGUCUGCCAAUAUAUGUCUUCAUGGAGGUUGGUUACAUCCUGUUUCGUGGGGUAUCGUGACUAUCCUACUCAAGAGCGCUGUCAAGUUCAUUCUCACCUUACAUUUAACAUUGUCCGGGAUAUGCAUUGAUAUUUGGAAAAAGUAAGAAGGUACUGAAAGAGAGUUGACGGUAGAGUCCUCGAUAUCAGAACAUUGACUCAAGUCGUGGUUGGUAUGGUUGCCUAAGCCCACUUCUUAUGCACAAAGUAUUUCUCAUCCCGCAGCCCCGCGCUCC